CCCGUGGAGCAGCACGCAGCGUGCGACCCGCGCCACCUGUCGCCCCACCUCGCGGGGAUAGGCUGCUCGCUUGGCGGUCAAGGCCGCGGAGGCUGGCUGCUGGGUCACACGGACUUCAAGCCUUCGCAAACACAUACACCGUUACCCCCGUCAGCCGGCGAGCGUGACACUUCAACACUUCCCGCCUUCGCUGCAGGGUCGCUGUGUUCGCCAGGAGCUCCGAUGCUGCCGCGAUGGCUGUGCCUGGCGGCGUGCUGCGCCGCGGCGCUCUGCCUGCCGUUCCCCUCCGCCAAUGAGGAGGCGGACGGCGAGGCCUCCAGGAAGGUCCUCGGCUCCAGCGUGGUGACCUCGGUGUCCGUGAUCAUGGACCUGGGUAACGGCACCAAGAAGUACUACGCCGACCCGGAGGGCAAGCCCGUGUCCAAACCCACUUCGGCCUCCCUGGUGGGCAGCCCUUCCAGCCUGCUGCACCCGGACCGCUACGAGUUCUACACCUUCAACGAGGCCGGGGACCUGGUGAAGCGCCUGAUGACCUUGGAGGAGAUCCAGGGCAUCAUCGCCAGCGGCGACGGCGACGGCGGCGAGCUGCCCCCCAGCUACUACCACCAGCAGCUGCCCCAAGGCCUCAAGUCCCCGGCGCUGCUGGGCGAGGGAGACGUGGGCGAGCUGUCCUCGCCCGUCGACGGGGUCCACGAGGUCGUCGAGAGCGUGCAGAACGUGCUCAAGGAGGAGAUGGAGGCGGCCAGGAACAAGACGACCGCCCCCAGGCCGGCGACCACGCUCUCCAGCACGUGGAGACCGGAGGAACCCUCCGGCACUCCCGCCGCCUCGGUGCCGACCACACACCGGCCGUCGUCGAGGAAGCCAGUCAAGACGCCGUCCCCACACGUCCCGUCUUCGUCCGUGCCCACCACCACGACCAGAACCACAGGGUCGAGCACCGCCAGGUCGCCGUCAACAACGAAUCCGUCGCAAGAGAUUUCCUCCAGAAGACCUGUAUCAUCUUCGUCGCUAUUGCCUGCGAAGAAACCCGCCGCAGUCAACACAGAAAACCCGCUGCAAUCGAAAAAUUCUAGCACUGUUAGGUAUUCGACAACUGAAGCUAGUAGUGCUAGCUUGAUGACUUCAGCAGAAGUUUCAGAAAAGGAAGAAACUACAUCAAAAAGGCCACUGACUAGUGAUAUUGAUGGUAAUUUUCUUGAUAAUGACGAGAACCAAGCUUCUGCUAGUAAUAUCAAUACUGAAAUUGUCAAUAAUACCAAGAGCAAUGUAUUUGGAAUGAGCCAAAACGGUUCGUCUGUUCAGCCACCCUCUGAUAAAGAAAAAUUUGUGGAUACUAUUGUGACUUCUAGCUGGACCACAGUAAUUGGUAAGACAACAGAAAAACCUGCCGAAAGUUACCAAAACUCUGAACAUUCCUCGAAUAAUGACAAUGAAUAUAGCCAGCAGUCUUCCGUGACUUCAAUUCAGAACAUUAAGCCAAGUGUAAUGGUCAUAGCAAAUUCAACCAUAAAUACUAUUUCUACCGGAAAACCAAUUUCCCAGCAACUGAGUAACAACAAUGCAGGUGAAAAUAUGAAUGCCGAAUCAAAUAAUAAUGGAGGAGAUUUCAAACCAAGUAAAAAUUCUUCAACUUCUAUUCAAAAUGUGCAACCAAUGGUGACAAUUAUCAUAAAUUCUACUGUAAACACAGCUUCUGGAGCAACAACAAUCAGGGAUCCAAUAUCUGCUAAACCACUUCUUAGCUUUACUGCAUCUUAUAUACCAGGAGUGCCAAAUCUUCAAGAAAGUCCUUCAUCGACAGUAACUGAAAGAAUAGCAGCUGAAGAUUCAUCAGAAGAGUAUACCACAAAUGACUCGUCCAGUGAAGAAGACUCAUCAGAAAAUUCAAGCAGUUUUCGACCAGUAAGCACUGAAUUGCCCGAUAGUGUAUUUACCACUUUACUUCAAAUUUUAGGAGCAGAUCUAACGACUCAGCCAUCGGAAGAGUAUGAAUCGACGGAAUCUGAAAACAAGAUGACUGUAGUCCCAAAAAUUAAUGAAUCUGCAGCUAGUUCUAAUAUAGAAAUAAGCCAAAUAAAGACUGACAUGGGAACCAAAACCCCUGCUAACAGUGAAGACAUGGCUUCGCCAUCACAAAUUAAUCCAACGAAGAGUACAGAAAUGGCAGAACAUCUUCAAUCCAAACCCAUGGCAAAUGAUUCGUUUUUAAUGGAAAGAAAUCAUUCGAUUUCUACAAUAGUUGAAAUGCUGAUGGAUGAAAAUCCAUCUGAUGUUCCUCAAUCUUCUAUUCCAGUCCAAAAUUUACAAAAUGGAAAUAACGAAAAUGCUUUACUCUCAUUGCAAGAAAAAACAAAAGAAUCUUCAACAACUGUAAUCCCUCCUAAAGAAUCAAUAAAAAAUAUUAGUGUAACUGAAAUAGCUUCUAACACAUCCCAUGAAAGUUUGGCUCCAAAUGCAUUAGAAGGUGGUACUGUGGUCUUAUAUUCUAAUGAUUUGAUCCCUCAGAAAUCUGAAAUAAAAUCUGUAAUUAAAUAUUCACCUACAAAAUCUUCCCUUUCUUCAGAGGAAAAACUUCACAAUAAAACGUUAGCAACCACCACCCCUAAAUAUACCAGCGAAAAAACAUCAGAGAUGAAUUUAAUUCAGGAAACGACAACAACCCUUUUAGAAACUCGUGAUUCCACAACUUCUGGAUUUAUUAAUACUGAUUCGGAUACAUAUACAUCAACUGAAUACUUUACAGACACUUCAAAAUACUCUGAAUUAGAGAAAACUACAGACACGUUAAGUGUAACCAGUACAAAUACCAAACUAAUGAAAUCAAAUACCACCUAUGCUGGAAACAAAAUACCAGCCUCUAGUGAUAUUGAUGAAGUAAUUGAAAGAGGAACAAUUUCACCAGAUAGCUAUUUUAUAAUUUCUGGCAAUGGCGGACCAAUUGAAGAAAGUGAUUUGUUAGCACCACCAGAACAACAAAAUGUGUACACUUCUAAAUAUAAUAAUACGUACAUCACAAAUGGGGGACAGUUGGCAUCAAAUGCUUCAGAAUCAGAAAAUCCAGAAACAUCAAAUAAUUUCAAAACUGCAUCCAGCGACAAGAAAUACGCAGUAACUAAAAUAAAUCGUACUGAAAGUUAUACGUUUGCUCCCUCGCUGGUUAGUACUGAAUCGGUAGAAACUGAUGAGGGCAAAGAGGAAGUAAAUACUACUUCCACAGUGUCAACCAUUACAACCAAAAAAUCAGAUAUAAUUACUCCAGAUGUGCCUACAGACAUACCUGUUGCUCAAAGUGGUAUAGUACCUAUAAAAAUCUCUCCUGAGAUGGCAGAAUCAAUGUCUAAUGUUAUGUCUCAAAUUUCAAAUAAAAUCGCCACAACAAUUUUUACUACAGACAAAGAAAUGAUACCUGAUAUGACAACACAGAUAACCACUACUAACUUCGAAGACUCCCCUAGCACACCAGUAAUGUCUUCUGUAGUGAUUAAUCAAGUAGAACAAGAAAAAGUUGCUAUGAAAAACAAUACUGGAACAUUGCCAGAUACUGAACCAUAUGUUGCAAAAGUAUCUCAAGGGUCUCUCAACACAGCAGAGACCAAUAAUAUAUUUAAUACUGUUACCGCUCACUCUCAAGAAACUACGACGAGUUUGUACUCUGAUGAAACGACAGGCGGUUUUACAAUGGAUGACAAAGUAAAAGAAGAAAAUGAAUCUAUGCUAGCUACUCGCAUGAGUUACAAGAAUGGAACAGAAAUCGAUGAGAUUGUCAAGAACAACAUUGACGUAAAAAAUAAAAGCAAUGUUAGUGAAUUGUCCACAACACAUCUCCAGCAUGAAACACAUGCCUCAGCAAGUUCUUUGGUAAACGAAUAUACGGGUAUUAGUGAAAAACACAAUGAAAACUUAGAUGAAACAAAAGAUAGUACUACCAUGACAUCACAAGAAAAUUCCACACCAGAACCAGCCAGUCUACUCGAGGAGACAUCUACCAUUUUGUCUGCAGAGACUCCUGCCGAUUCAACUGCAUUCACUACACUAAUGACCAAAAAUAAGCCCCCCAACAUAGUUUCUGUCCCUGAAGUCGACGAUCAAACAACAACAUUGAUACCAGUGACAUCAUCCACAGAAAGUAUAGUGACAGAUAAGCUGCCGCUUGCAUCUCAGAUCAAAGGAACUCAAGUUAAGUUAAUAGACAAUGAAGACGAGCAAAUGUUGAAAGUAGACAUUGUUACUGUUCCAAACAGAGAAAGCAGUAAUGUAAGCAUGGUCAACCAGACAGUUUUGGAAGAACCUUCAACAACAUGGCAUAAAAUUUUUGAUUCAUCCAAAGCAGAAGCAAACAGAACUACUUCAAAACUCACCACAGGUGCAGUUACAGAGUCUAUCAAGGAAACUAAUUAUAUAGAUAUAAUUGCCAGUGACACUGUCAAUGAUAAUGUCAACGCAACCAAAACUAACAGUGUACAUCGUGUGAAACCGGGCGAGGUUAAAAACAAUAUUUUGGAAGGAGGAAACAGCCUAAUUGCCGAAGAUAAGCCCAACGAACAAAGCAUAUCCACUGCAAAUAAAAAUAUUUCCAAAAUCGUAAUUGUUCCGGGUAUCACUCAAGCAAUUUUCCACACGGAGGAAUAUGACCAUUUCUCUACAACCGGGGAGCCGCCGAUGACCACAACUAAUGGCGCCGAUCCAGUCGCCGAAACGAUACUCCCCUCCAAGUACGUGGAGUUCGUCGUCGAUGGCGAGGCCACGAGCGCCGAAGCCGCGACCACCGAGGACGCAACGACAGAACAGCCCGAGAACGUGAUGGACCUGGACAACGAAGUGCAGAGCACGGAGAAGACAUGGGCACCGGUGUCCACGGUGACUCCUCCGCAGGCCAAGAUCACCACGUCCCGCACGGCGGACCAGACCACCCGCGCCCACGUGGACGUGAAAGCGACGACGGUCAGGAGACCCGCGCAGUCCACCGUGGACCUUCGACCGGCGCCCGAGGAGAGCCUCGGGCUGGAGUCGUCGAUGGCGGACCUGGACAAGGACGUCGGCGACUUCGCCGAGCUGUGCAACGAGCUGGCGCUGAAGCUGUGGAAGCCGGCGGCCAACCGGCGCGCCACCGUCUCCCGCAGCCUGGUGAUGUCGCCCUUCGCCGUGACCUCGCUGCUCGCCAUGGUGUUCCUGGGCGCGCGAGGGGGCACCUCGGGCCAGAUGAACGACAUCCUGCGGCUGGACGACGUGGUCACCUUCAACCCGCACCAGGUGUUCCGGAACGUGACCGAGUCCCUGGUGGCGACCAAGAACCCGGGGGUGGCGACCGCCGCCUUCGUCCGGGAACUGUACAGCGACAAGGCCAAGGGCAAGCUGCUGGACUUCUACAAGGAGCGCGCGCAGCAGUUCUACGACGGCCACGUGGAGGAGGUGAACUUCAACAUGGUGGGCGACGUGGUGAGGCGGCGCACCAACCUGCUGGUGAAGCGCCAGACCUCGGGCCGGGUGUCCGAGUACAUCCGCGGCACCAACAUCAUGCUGCGCCCGCCGCUGUCCGUCUUCAGCGCCAACAUCUUCCAGACCGACUGCAGCGGCGCCUCGACGGCGGGCCGCGACGGCGAGAUGUACUUCACGGUGAUCCCGGCGAGCCGGCAGCGGCGCCUGGUGCCCGUGCCGGCCGCCGUGUGGCGCUCCGGCUUCCUGGCCGGCUACGACCCGCAGCUAGACGCCACCGCCGCGGCACUGGGCGGCGCCGACUCGCUCGUCAGCACGGUGCUGCUGCUUCCCGGCCAGCAGGGCAACGUGGCGCCCGGAGACAGCGUGGCCGCGCUGGAGGAGCGCCUCUGGAACUCUGCGUGGAGCCGCGGCGCCUGGUCCAGGUUGCUGCGCAGCCUGCUGCCGCACCCAGGCCUGGAGCUGCAGCUGCCCAGGUUCUCGCACCGCUCCAUGCUCAACCUCACGGACACGCUGCAGCGCAUGGGCCUCAAGGACCUGUUCUCCGAGGGCCGCGCCGACCUCAAGGGCCUCAACGGGCUCGCCAACGACCUGCACCUGUCGGACAUCGUCCAGGUGAACACGUUCGGCACGUGCGGCGAGCUGACGGCGGACGCGCGCCACCACGUGGAGGUGUUCCCCGGCGCCUCGCAGCGCUCGGGACGGCGGGAGGCCCGCCGGCUGGACCUGUACAGCAUCCCGCUGGAGCUGCGUCCGCGCCAGGCGCGCGAGCCCGACGCGCCGCGCCUCAGGUUCGACCGGCCCUUCCUCUACGCCGUGCGCCACAACCCCACGGGGCUCAUCCUGCACAUGGGCAGGUUCAACCCGCGGCUGGUGCGCUGACGGGACCCGAAGAUCCCUCCCCGACGACCCUCGCCGACGGUCGCCGACAUCGUCUCCAGGAGUCUCCCGCUGACCUCCCGUCCGCCAGUCCUCCUCCCCUGGGUUCCUGCCGUGGCCUUGGCUUCCUGAGCGGCCCAGCGCACUCUCUAGAAGGCUCUCCAUCCUCCGGGAUGCCCCUGGUUCAGAAUUGUGCAAUACCACAAGCUUCUGCUGAGUUUUUAGUUCCUUACAAAACUUCACUUCUUUGAGCUUCAAGACACUAUCGGUGUGGAUCUCGGAAGUUUUGGCACUCGUUUGGUUUACACAUUCCUCAGGAAAUUGUUUCUUUGAUGGGUGCUUAAGCCCUUCAUCCCGUUGUUCAGCAUGUUCUUUAUAAAGCCUUCUCUUUGUGGGCGUGAAUUUUUAGCUCAGAACAAUCUCUAUGAUACUUCUUCAUCACGAGCGUAAAAUUUUUAAAAGUUUCAGCCAUGUCCGUGGUUCAUGAAAUUUUAUGUUGGUCCACAACCUUGAAAACUUGAAUUCCGCACACUUAUCCCACUCCAUAAUCUCCUUGCAUUCCUUAUAAUACACUGCCGUUCCCGGGAUUCCAGGAAGUCUAGAUGGCUAGUGUAAUAAGCGACAGUUUGAACUCAAGGGAGGAAGUAACGUGAACGUAGGCACGUUAUAACGGUGUCAAACCAAGAAUGGUGACUCGAAAUUUUCCUGGAAGGUGUUGGUGCAAUGAGAGACAAGUGGUCGAGUGAAGAUUUACGUGAGUGAAUAAUAAAAAGAAAAAUGACUCUCGACGACGCGAUCUCCAGUGUGCAAGAUGGUUGGACUUUUCUCUCCUUCAGAGAACCAUCGAGAGUUUCCAUUAAAGGUGUCCAUCUCUCUUGCAUGCCUGUUAAAACAAUCAAGUCUCGCCGUUCAUCAACAAUUUAAUAGCGUGGCAAUAAUCAGUACGGCCGCUAGCGCUUUAAGUACCUGUGGUAAGCAAUAAUUGUGGCUAUUUUAAUUUCAGAUGUACCUUUGUAUUCAUUUAGAAAAUUUUGGUUUUGAUACCAUCUUCAGCGUAUGUUAUUCCUAUUUCAUGGGACUAAUACAUGCCUCAUAUUAUCGUACAUCAUGUUGUCUAAAAAUUUCUAAGUUCAUGGAUGAAUUUCAGUAACAUGCCAUUCUUGUACGUAGAAUACUUGAUAAAGUGUAAAUACUCAACCUGUGGCUAUUCUACUGGGUGUUACUAUUUUGUGUGCCGUAACUAUCAUAUCAUGUUCCGUCUUGAAGUCGAUUGAAAUUUUGUGUUUUCUGUUCAACCCAUUUUUUUUUGUUCCAAACAUAAUAAGUAUAAUUUGUUUUCAUUUUUUUUUUAAUUGUAUGAUAUUUAUGGCAACAUUACCAGAUUCAAAUACCAAGUUGAAAGCAAACAGCUCUGUAUUUGGUGAACGCCUGUGCUUGUAAAAAGCAAUUGCAAGUUUUUCUGUCAAACCCUUAAUUCCCUCUUCAGUUCUAAUAAGCGAAUAAUACAUGUUUAUAGCUAUUUAUUUAUUAUCUAUGCUUCUGGUGAAAGAAAUGGUACUGAAGUGGGAUGGGAUUUGAAAAAUUUGUCGAAAAUGGAUCGAGACAAAAUAACCUUGGUUCUUCAUCGGCAUUUUAUGCAGUUUCACGAUGGGCUUCAUCGUAGGUAACUAUUAAAACUAAAUUGUAUUCCGCCAAAGUUCUUCGCAGUGUAUGAAUUCACUUUUUUUUUUUUUUUGCAAUGUCCACAUUUGGUCAGCAUCACAAGACUGUCUAUAACACAAGACUGUCUAUAGCACCAGAUUGCUGAGAAAUACAUAACGGUGAAAGUGUAAAGCAUGGAUGUAUUAUGAGAAAACCUUUCCCGUGUCGGAUUUUAAAAGUGCCAUAUCUCAAUUAAAAUACCUAUUAUGCUAUUACAACUACAUGUAAUCUUAAUUUCUUUAUUGUAUACAAAUAAAUUAUUUAAAAAAUAAUUAUUAAAAAUGAACAAUAAAAUGCAAUGAUUCCAUACUGCUGUUUUUCUCUGAGUGAGGUUUAUUUUAAUAAAUUGCAAAAUUAAUUUCUUUAGCACAGUAUCCUGUGCCUUGAGAAUAUCCUAUGAAUACUGUACCAUACAAGUUUUUCUUUGGUUUUAAGUAGGCUGCUAUAACAUAGUUAGUCGAUAAAGUAUAUGCAUAGCCCAUAUUGGAAGCCCAUUGUGGAACUGUCUUUAUACACUAGUUAUAGUUUAUUGUAAUGACUAUGUACUGUUAGGCACAAAAAUAUUGUCUGUCAUUUUAUAUGGAAUCACAAACUCAUAACACAUUCUGUAGUUGAUCAUUUGUUCAUGAAAGUAAUAAAUUUCAUUUUUUCGUAAAA